UUGGCGUUUGGGGAGCGUGGUGCGUCGAUCCCUCCGUAAAACGCUCUGCGUCUGUACCACUCGUCGUGUGCCGGGAAGUCUUUGUCGGCGAUUUUCCGCAAUGUGUCGUCGUGUCGCGAUGGUGGUGUGAGUGAUUUUGUGGUGUUUGUGUGUGAAAAUGUGUUGUGGUUGUUCAUAAAAGGCGAGUGGAGUAUUUUCACGUUGGAUAUUGAGCAUUCUUACGAUCUCCUGGGCUGAAUGUCUUCAGAGCAGACUAGGUUUUCUCGUUCAUUGUACUAUUGGGCUUGGUUAUUGCCUUCAACUAGCAAAGCUGUGAUAAACUUCAACGAUUGCACAGUGCAAAAGUCUGUCAAGAAGAGGGAAAAGUGAAGGAAAGAAUUCCUCUGGGUCCAUGGCCGAGCUGUUAUAAUAUCGCUAGGUAUUAAUAUGGUGUCAAUCUAAGUACACGCAAGUAUGGUCACAAGAUACACGAUACACUCCACCUACUGUAUUAAAAACAAUUAUUAUUUUUUUGUGAAGAAAUGUUACGCGAGACAUGUGGUUAUUAAUUUUCGAAGAGUCUUGGAAAACACAUGGACGUAAAAUCGUCCAGUGUUUCUGAGGGAUGAGAUAUGUGAAAAGUUCAGGCUUCAUAAGUGUGUCCGUAGAUGAUAAGUAACUAGAUAAGAAGGUAGUAG